ACCAAAACUGCACUCGCUUGCGCUGGGUUUGCGGUCGCCUAGGCAACCAAAGAGGAAAAGUUUGUCGACAGUCGCUUUUUAAGAGAAUCCGACUAAAAGGACUGACUUUAACUACAUAUUUUUGUUAAGAUACAUCGAAAUGGAAACGUCUGGUAUUCUGUCUGUUGAAGCAGAGGCGUUUGUAAAAAGUCUGGAAACCUUUAGUAUCAAAGAGGUGGGCUCUUUAAGAUGGUUCACACAGCAUGAGUACAUUCAAAAGUUGAACAUGCAGGCAGUGCUGGAUGCUUCAGUCAUGCACGAUGAGACAGUCAAGGAGCUCCUGGUUUCCUUUGGAAAGAUACCGGUUCUGAUCCAUGAGCUGAUCCUCAUAGAGGUGUGGAAGCACAAAGUGUUUCCCAUCUUGUGCCAGCUGCAGGACUUUAAUCCAAAGAAUUCAUUUCAACUUUACAUGGUGAUCUACCAUGAAUCCACGAUCAUAAACCUGCUCCAGACGGUGUUGUUUCAUAAGGAUUCAUGUGAGGCAGCUGAAGACGCUCUUCUAGAUUUGGUGGAUUACUGUCACCGAAAGCUCACCUUACUGGCCAGUAAACAGACCAGAGACAACAGCACCAGCUCUAAACCACAGGAGAAUGUAUCUUCUACUGAGGAACUGAAGGAGUUGAGCGCUUCAUUGGAGUUUGGCAUCUCCCUGGCAGCAGUAUCUGUGCUGUGCCACAUUACAGGCCAUAACAACAAUCUAAGCGUGAUGAAUCGCAUGCUGUGCACACACAACGUGCCUUGUGUCCUCGUUCAGCUGAUUGUUUCCUGCCCCUGGAGCUGCCAGAGACAAGGGGAGGUCCAAAAGUACAUUGAUGGCAGCUGGCAGAAGAUUCCAGUUGAAGACUAUUUCAAGAUGACCAAACUUGAUGGUCAGGUUUGGAUUUCUCUUUACAAUCUGCUCCUUAAUGAAGACUCCCUGAGAAUGUACGACUUCAACAGCUUCAACAGGGAUCAACUCUCUAAGCUUAGGACCUUCUUGACAGAUGUACUGAUAGACCAGAUGCCAAGUUUGGUGGAACUUCAGCGUUUCUUGACUCAACUCGCUGUUAUGGAGCCAGCCCCACCAAAGAAACAGCUUCUCCUGGAGCUGAUCCCAAAAAUAUGGACCCACAUUGUUGAAACAAACUCUGGAAAGUGGAAGGGAAUAGCUAAAUAUCAGGCCAAGGAAACAUUCAACCCUUCAGAAAGUGACUUGACCCAACUGGCAAAGAGGUUGGGUCAAAUCUAUAACUGGGACGUAAUGGAGAAUUUUCAUCAGGAAAAGCCCAAGUGUGGAUCAUGUGGGAGAGAGGCUUCAAAGCGAUGCUCUCGAUGUCAGGCAGAGUGGUACUGCCACAGAAGAUGUCAAGUUCAGCACUGGCCAAAGCAUAAGAAAGCCUGCCAGCUCAUGGAAAGUUCUACAACAUCCUAGAGGAGCAGCAAUAGUUUAAACUUGUUGAGAGUGAGGUGUAAUAUUCUGAUAUAUCUAGUAUCUUCUGUAUAUUCUACCAAAAUAUCAAAGAUGACAUUUUAAAAGAUUAUUUUCGGUCAUUUGAAAUAUUCUGUACUUUUUAAAGUUUGACUUUGUUGGACAGAAAAAAUGGUCAAUAAACAAAAAAACAUGUUUUAA